AGCAAUGAGUCAUCAAUGUGUUGAGUUUAUUGAUCGAGGCAGGACACAGAUGUUGACUAUCCCAAACGAGUGGAUCAGUGGAGACAAGUUUUUUUGGCCCAAUAAAAGUGUAUAUGAAGCAGGCAAACUCUUCAAAGCCAAAACACUCCCAAAAGAUGAUUGGCAAAGAUAUAAGAUUACCAGGAUCUUAAAAAACGGUAAUGAAAGUGAAUGUAAUGCUGUGUCAAGCAGUAUAUCUGAUAACGAUGAAUCAGAAAGUCCAGUUUAUAAUGAUUUGCUUCCCCAAACCUCGGAGUUAGCAUUGCCAAUUAUUCCAUCAUUUUCUCCUCCAAAGAAAAAACAGCACCUUGCUAACGAUGUGUCAUUCGAAGUUCCUGACACACAGAAUCUGAGUUUUUUGAACUUGUGCAAUGUGGAUAACAGUUCGGCUUUCAAUAAUCUGUCAUCAAUAUUGACACAUCAGCCUUGCUUUGAAGAAAGUGGAAACACCUCUCAAAGUUCAUCAAAAAAACCAUCAUUAGACUCGUUACAAGAAACAUGCAAUCAGAUUCUGGAGAAUCAAAAGAAAAUGUGCAGGUACCUUGUUCGCCUGGAAAGGCGAAUAGAUGGUAUGGAAGGGCAAAACCAGGUACCAGUUGACAAAAGGCCUCUGGUUCAAAUUGACAACAGGGAAGAACUUGAGCUUUGUGAGGAACGUUUGGGAAAUCCUGAAGACUUCACGGCAAUGAAACAACAAAUAUCACAAAUUGGCGGGGUGGACUACAGAGAUGCUGUACGUCUCGCAAUGAAUAGGAUCUUCACCACUACAUUCAUGGCGCAAGCCAAUUUAAAAGGCAAGAAAGACAAAGUCCCGCUGGAAGGGAAAUUAAUUUAUAGAAUUAUAGUAGAAUCUGUCAACGAGCGUUUUAAAGAUGCGAACGAACAAGAGAUGAGACGCAUAAUUGGAACCAAACUUCGAAACGCUCCCAGUCAAGGAUCAGGGACAUAAGGGGUACCUUAAAUGUAUAAAUUUCCAAAAAACAAAUAAAAAGCCCUUUCGACUUACCUCAUUUAUGAAUGUCAUUUAUACAUUUAAUAUAUCUCUUUUUGUUUCUUCUGAACAGACUUCCUUAUUAUUUCCAAUAUUUAUUUUGUUUAUUUCGGCCUUGCAAGCGUUACGACGAAUUUCAACUACUAGCAACUUUCACAAAAUUUUUAAGGUGACUCUUUCAUAUGGCCUAAGCUCAAUAUGCUUAAGAUUUUUUCGACUAGAGUUCCAAUUUAUGCUUUAAAUAGCAUGGAUAAGUUCACAAGUAGAAUUCGUAUUACAGAUUAUUGUAAUGAUCACAAUUUGUAAAUAUGAAUAUAUAAAUGAAUUGUAUAGUGUUGAUUAUUAAUAAUAUUUUAUUUAUUUAUUUCCGGUUAUAUUUAAAUUAUAUUUAUGUAAUUAUAAAAUAUAUUUAUUGUACGAGUUUGAUAUAAAAAGUUCAAAAUAUUUUUAUCGCAAAA